AUGUUUGUAUUGACGUAUAUACGUAUCUACCAACUGAAUUCGGCAGGUGAGAGGAAAGGUAACUCAUCAGUAGCACUUCCUCGAACGGCAGUGACCAGUAAGAUCGUGGCAGAUGGAGGGGUAGGACAUACAUCUAUUGCAAUGACUGAGGCGCAAGCGGUAGAGCAAGCCCUGAGUGACGUAGUACAGAACUUUGCUCAGCGGUAUGUGCACCUGUCCCAAAGUGUCCAGGACCGGUGGUGCGAGUCCACCCGUUGGCUACAGAGGUGCAGCGGCCGUGUGAUGUUUGGGGAUGUGCUAAGAUGGCAGAGUGCGCACACACACCUGAUUGAGUGUGGCACACCAACUGAACGGGCUCGUCUUGUAAUGGACUCUUAUCUGCAGCUGUUGGAUGCCCAUUACCCUGACCUCCGCUACCAUCGUGCAGCGGCUGUGUGCAUGCUCGGCGAAGGAGUGUCUCUAAAGCCAUGGCUACGCAACCAGUUUGCGGAUAAAAACAUGCACAUGGCCCUUCUAACAGCGUGUGUGGACGCCAAUCGGUUCAAGGAUGCGUGUCGCGUGUUGGUGGACUUUCUGGAUAAGCUUGCGGACGAGAAUACCAUAACAAACACGGCCACGAUGGGUGUACUGUUUCCAUGGCAACUGAUGUCACGCGCAAUGGCUGGGUUCAGACAACACGCAACGCUGAGCGCAGAGGACCAACAUACACUGUGUGAACUACGAAGGCGGUUGAAUGCCAGCGCGAGCAACCUGCAAGCGUCAGUCAGCAACACACUGCCACUGUCAGACAACCACGCACACGCACAAGGGGUACAACAAGCACAGGAGAUAUGCGACAUCAUCCGCACCAUCUUCUGAGUUAACGUACAAGGGUCUGCCAUGGUCAUGCUAUGCCAUACCAUGUUAUACUUUACGCGUCGUUUGGACAGUUGACAUGUGGUGACAUGUUUUUGACACGUGGCGGCGAUCCGCUGACUGCGUGCACACCCUUCAGCCGUGCUGUGGGCGCUAUGCUGACUGGUAGUCUGUAGGGCAUGCAUAGACACACAGACAGCCCAACACCCCACAAUCACUCGCCUGUCUAUCCAGUAGUAGCAUGCAUGUACUGGUGCUUGCACUAGACCUCACUGGUUGCGUUUGAUUGUCGUGUGUCGCACAAGUGCUGUCUGAUAUGUGACACUGGCCCCAUAAACCAAACCGAGGUGCCGGCCCCAUAUAUAUGUCUACUGUACCAUCCUUUAAACGUGUGGCGUCGCCAUGCUUGGUUCCGCC